UAAUGAGAAUACAUGGAUACAAACCGCCGUUAAAUAAAAAAUACAAUGAAGAGCCUUGUGCUCGGUUCCUUCCGGUGACUAUUUCAUAAGCUCCGGACUUAGCAGUAAGGAUGCUGUCCCUCUCUCGAGCUGUGGUCAGUGGGGUGACCAGAGCCCCAGCUGCCAUUAGUCAGGGGGGAGUGAGUGCAUUAACCAGAUUCAACAGCACAGGACAGACUCCUCCAAAAAAGACAACAUUUGGGCCUCUGGCAGAUGAGGACAGAAUUUUCACAAAUCUUUAUGGUCGCCAUGACUGGGGGCUGAAGGGGGCUCAGAAGCGUGGGGACUGGUACAAAACUAAAGAGAUUCUUCUGAAAGGAGUCGACUGGAUCCUCAAUGAGAUCAAAACCUCUGGCCUACGUGGGAGAGGUGGAGCUGGUUUCCCCACAGGCAUGAAGUGGAGCUUCAUGAACAAACCCAGUGAUGGCAGACCAAAGUAUUUGGUGGUGAAUGCAGACGAGGGUGAACCUGGCACCUGUAAGGACAGAGAGAUCAUGAGGCACGACCCGCACAAGCUAGUAGAAGGUUGCCUUAUUGCUGGCAGGGCCAUGGGAGCGCGUGCUGCUUACAUUUACAUCAGAGGAGAAUUUUACAAUGAGGCCUCCAACCUGCAGGUUGCCAUUCAUGAGGCCUAUUCUGCUGGCCUGAUUGGAAAGAAUGCCUGUGGCUCUGGAUAUGACUUUGAUGUGUUUGUUGCCCGUGGUGCUGGUGCUUACAUCUGUGGAGAGGAAACUGCUCUUAUCGAGUCCCUGGAGGGGAAGCAAGGAAAACCCCGUCUGAAUUCCCCCUAUUUUACAGGAGUGUUCGGUUGCCCAACAACUGUUGCUAACGUAGAGACGGUAUCCGUGGCGCCCACCAUCUGUCGUCGUGGAGGCACGUGGUUUGCAGGCUUUGGCAGAGAAAGAAAUUCUGGCACAAAGCUCUUCAACAUCUCAGGUCACGUUAAUCACCCCUGUACUGUGGAGGAGGAGAUGUCCAUCCCUCUGAAAGACCUCAUAGAGAGGCAUGCAGGGGGAGUCCGUGGUGGAUGGGACAACCUGCUGGCUGUAAUACCCGGUGGCUCCUCAACACCCCUCAUUCCCAAAAGCGUGUGUGAAGAAGUACCGAUGGACUUUGACGGCCUGAUUCAGGCUCAGACUGGUCUUGGCACAGCAGCGCUCAUCGUCAUGGACAAAUCUACGGAUGUCAUCAGAGCUAUUGCUCGUCUGUUGGAAUUCUACAAACAUGAGAGCUGUGGCCAGUGUACCCCAUGCAGAGAGGGAGUGGACUGGAUGAACAAUAUGAUGUGGCGUUUUGUACGUGGUGAUGCACGGCCUGCAGAGAUUGACAUGAUUUGGGAGAUCAGUAAGCAGGUCGAGGGUCACACCAUCUGUGCCCUGGGAGAUGGUGCAGCCUGGCCAGUGCAGGGAUUGAUCAGACACUUCAGGCCUGUGAUGGAAAGCAGAAUUGCUGAGUUCCAGCAGCAGCAGCAGGCCAGGGCUUAGAACUAUGUCUCCUCUUAAAACCCUUUCUCUAUGUCAUACACCCAGAAUUGUAUACUUUUAUCUUGGAAAAAAUAUUUAAAUGUGCUGUUCACCUCACCAACAUGUGUUGAGACUGUCAUGUCUGAUGAAAUCAGCAAUAAAGUUCUAUGAACCUUAAAUUCCUCUCA